UUGCCGGCAUUUUAUGUUCUACUUUCAGUUAUUUGAUGUAUCACCGGGGCAGCUAUUUGUCUGUCUCGAAUUUCUGAGCUGAAUAAAAACCCUAAAUAUUUAUCGGUGGACCAAUUCGCGUGCUUCGCCGCUUCCGCUGCUCGUAGAGUUUUCAGAUGCUAUAAUGGACGAGGAGCAUCAUCAGAAGAAUGAUUCUAGUAUCAUCUUGAGGACUACAGUCCCAUUCAUUGAGAUUGACUCUCUAUUUAUAGAUCUUUCGAGUUGUAUUGAUAAACCUGAUGCUGGAAACUGUGAUCAUUUCUCCAUACGUGGAUAUGCAUCUCAAAUGCGUGAGAAAGAUUGGAAAAAAUGCUGUCCAUUUGAUUUGGAUGGCGACUAUGAAUCUGAAGAGACAAUAUCCUUGCUUCCACCUUUUCAUGUUCCGCAGUUCAGGUGGUGGCGAUGUCAAAAUUGCAGGAAGGAGAAUCCUGCAGGUUUUGAGCAAUCUUCAAGUCUAGAUAUGCCUGAAGGAAGAUUGGCAGUGGUUAAUACAUCUACGAACUUGUGCAACCUCAAUCAUCCUCCGUCAUUCAGUGUUGAGAAAGAAAAGAAAGCCAAAGGAGAUGAGGUUGACUCUAGAAGGAUCUUGAAUUCAGAAAUCCCCAUAUCAACUAGUCUCGUGCCAGAAGUGAAGCCAACUCUUAUGUUAGAACAAAACAAAAGUGAUUCAGUAACUCUUAAUUCAGAACAUAGAGAAUCCGUUGAAAACUGCAAGCUACUCUGUGGGAAUGAAGUAGCUGAGGUUGAGCUUGGUCUUCGAAAUCUCAAAGUGAUUGAUGAAAAUACUGAAGUCUUCGAAGAAGAAAAACAAACCUCUGCACAUAAUGAGGAAACUGAGAUAAAUUUUUCGCCAUCCGGUGUCAAGGUAAUUAAUCAGCCAUGUAAUGGUGAGAGUGAUCCUACAAAUGCAUAUCCUGCAGAACUUGAUGAGGGUAAUGCCACAGCAUUUGAGCAUACUGAAAUUUCAGUAGAAAAUGAUAAACAAGAUCAUCAAACAGACAAGGCAGGAAGUUUGCAUCGUCGAAAGGCUCGUAAGGUGCGCCUGCUGACUGAGUUGCUGAAUGAGAAUGAAAGUAUAAAGACUAAUCAUAUUGAGACAGAAGAAUCUCCAUCCCAUGGGACUCCAGAAAAAUCUGAAGGGUUAAAAGAGCUCUCUGUUCCUCAAUCUCCAGUGGCUGCCAAAAGAAAUAUUAGGUGUUCAGGCCAGAAUUUGAAAAGCAAGUUGCCAGUGGAUGAAGAUUGCCUGGCUGCAGAGGCUUCCUCUUCAUACUAUAUGGACAGCAAGAUCCACGCAUUGAAGGGAGGUGUGGAAACAACAGAUGCCUUUCAUGCUAAUGAAUCUGAAUUAAUUGGAACAGGCUUACGAACUAAGAAGAGUCUCUUGAACAAGUGUAGGAAUGAUGUGACAUCUACUCAUGGUAAGAAGAAGAAUAAAAAGAUCCAACUUGAUUCAUGCUCUCCUCUUAAUAUUCCACCAGGGAGUGGUGACAAUAUGUCUGAAAUUUCUCUUAAACACAACGAGUUUUCAGGCAGUGCAAUGGAUCCAUUUCUUUUAUUUGGUUCAAGAAUUGAGCCAAUUUCUAGUUUGUCAAAGAGGAAAAGCAAGAUGCCUGUAAUUGAUGAUGGGCGGGGUUUUACUUCGAACCAUGGCAUGCCAAGAAGAGAUUCAGUCUCAAAAGAAGUGGAGGUCAGGAAAAAUGAACCUGUGCCUGUUCCUUGUCAAUCAGUGCCAGAUGAAUCUAGUCGAGGAUUGCAUCUUUCUCUCACUAGCUAUUUAACCACAAUAAGAAAUGAUGAAAAAUCUAUUUUUGAGACUGAGGAUAGCUCACGUUGCUUGUUCUCUUGGCAAGGAAGUACAUCCACAACAAGCAUUGUUAGGAACAAAGAUGGCAAAGCCAAGAAACAUAAAGACCCAAAUGUUUCUUUUAAUUAUUCAGAUAAUUUUUCUGGGCAAGGAGCGCAUUAUGGAGUCAAUAGUAAGAUGACCACCUGCAGAAUGCCUUUCCCAAAUGGGAAGCAAAACUCAAAGUCUCAAGUUGAAGAUGAUAGCUGGUCUCAGUUGCAGGCAAUGGAUAAUUCUGGUGUAAACAAAGUUGAAAAGAGUAUUGCAGUUCAGGAGCACUUGGCAGCUCAGAUGAAACAGAGUGAGCGUCGGGUUGGUAAGAUAUCUGAGCAAAGAGCUUUAGAUGACAUUCCAAUGGAAAUUGUUGAGCUCAUGGCCAAAAAUCAGUAUGAAAGGUGUCUUGAUAAUACUGGAAAUAAUAAAUCCCUAUCAAAGACAAGUUCAAAGAAAUCUCAAAUUAUGAAUUUCAGUAAUGCAUGGGGCAACAGUGGCUCGUUGCAGGAGAAAAUCAGUCAUAAGUGGAAACCCCAGGUUAGGAAUGGGAGAAAUAACAUACAUACAGCAGGAGAUAAUGUGGGAUACGGCAAACAAAGUUCAGGUAAUUACUUUUCUCACACUGAGAGAGGACAUUUUAAUACGAACCACCUACAUCAAACUCUUAUUCCUCCAGAAUAUGCUGCAUUUGUCCAUUCUCAAAAUAAGUCAUCAAAUGCAAUAAAAUUUUUGGCAAGCAGUACUAGUGAGAAUGCGUGUCCUCAAUAUAGCAAAUAUACCGGAGGUCUGGUAGAUAAGGAGUCCUCUCAUUCUAGGGUGCAAUCUUUUGGUGGAUAUAACACACACCGGCCUGUUUCACAAAACAAUGUAGACGCAGCUCAUCUAUGGCCAGAAGCCCUACCAAAUCACCAUUCAUAUGUAUCUACCACUCAUAAAAAGGUUGCAUCUCAAUCGACCAGUGUAAAUGUUUGUACAAACUAUCCUGAAUCAAGUAGCAAAGGGGCUAUGAAUAGAGAGCAUAAUAUAAAAUUUUUUAAUCCGAAAGUUACCAACCUUGAAAAAGAUGGUGGUAAUUAUAGUUUUGAAAAUUUUAGCAGGACCAGUGCAAAACACCCAUUUCCUUGCCAUUCUAAUGGCAUUGAGCUUCCCCGAAACCUGAUGGGGUCAUUGGAUUUGUAUUCUAACGAAACCAUACCAGCAAUGCAUUUACUCAGCCUUAUGGAUGCAGGAAUGCAGCGCAGUGAAACACAUGAUAACCCAAAAUUUCCCAAGAAACCUUUUCCCCGUGAUCUAAAAGCUAAGGAUAUUUCUAGGCUGGAUACUGGUUUGGAUAAGACCUUUGAUACCAUAAAUUGUUCAUCUGAUUAUUAUGGUGAUAUCCACCCAUCAAAGAAGUCUCACGAUUGUUUCCAUGCUGCUUCAGUGAGCGGUGCAUCAGUUCCUCCUUCCAUAGGAAAUGAGAGUUGUGAAAUAGUUGCUGAUUUAACAGGUAAAGUUCCAUUGCAGUGUAAACAGAGAGGGACAACCAAGAACUCCACUUCAGCAUGGAACAGAUCUGUUGGUGCUUCUAGAGUUAAAAAAUCACAGAGGAGUGUAUUUACAAGUGGUAGUCUAGGCUCCAGUGAAGGAGUUUUCCCCUUUCAUAGCUUGCAGAAGAAAUCUGGCGGUGCAUCUAGUUCUUUGGUGGCUAUGUCUGGAUAUCAGAGAGUGGAAAAUCCCGUGGAAUGUAUAAAGGAGCGCCAUGGUACCAAAAGAAUGUUGGAGCACUCUAAAGUCAGUUCUGAGUUUGGAAUCUGCAGCAUUAAUAAAAAUCCUGCUGAGUUUAGCAUACCAGAAGCAGGCAAUGUGUACAUGAUAGGAGCUGAAGAUCUAAAGUUUUCAAAAAGGAUUUCUCCUGAAAAAGUAUCUGGCUUGAUUAAUACGGAUGGGCGCAAACGAAAGAGGAAUGUAAAGCAUGAUGUCAUAAAACAACAUGCAAUACGGUAGAAUAUGUGAGAUCGUGACCAUCAAGAAAACUGCGCAGCAGGGUUGUAAGUGGUUCCUUUUCAUUAUUUGGGAACUUCAAAUGUCUUGCUGGUUAAAUUAUUGUUCAACAAUGUAGAAAAUAUCAGAUAUAAACUGCCGUUACACCCAAGGAUAUGUAUGGCUUGGGGAAACUUCCCUCCAUUUAUGGCAAUCUCCAACAAAGGCUGGCUGCGGAUGUCAUGUUCGGUAUAAGUGAAGGCCUGUACAUAAAACUACAUGAAUCUCGAGAUUCAUCAGUACAUUUAUUGUAUAUGCAAUUUUGGUUUGAUGUUGUACUUUGUUAUACUUCACAAGGUUAUGUAUAUACGCUGAGUUCUUCUCUUUGGUUUUGGGAAGAGGGUAAGUUACGUCAGUUUCAUGCACUUGAUCAGGUAGCAGUGUGAGAAGGAAUAACAGAGAAUCAGCGAGAUAUUUCUCGAUCCCGAGGCUUCAUUGUUAGAUUAUUCGUGUUGGGAAUACUAAUUUGUAGCUUUAGUGUGAACUAUAUGUUGUACUGUGACGUUGUGCGAGUGAGAUUGAAAUAAGAGGAAAAAAACUACUUGUUCUCUCUGUAGAAA